CACUACUAUAUAACAAAUAAUUUGAGUUAAUAAUGCGGUGCUUUUUGAUACUCGUCCUGCUUGGACUGUUAGCUGCUGGAAUCAACGGGGAAAAAGCGUGCAACGUGUUCGGAGACCCACAUGUUAUCACAUUCGACGGGUUGAAGUACAAGUUUGAGAAUGAGUGCACUUACGUGCUGGCAAUGGAUUGUGUGGAUAUGGGGUGGAUAAUUUACGGAGGAUUUCAGACUUGUGGCAGAGGGACCUGCCUGCACGACAUAUCAGUGUUUCACACGAACCAGGGGUUUAGAGAUGCUGUGUUUAUUGGGAGAGGUUGGGUAAUCAACCAUCAGGGUACCAAGGUUCCAUUCAGACAGGGACAAGACUUCCAGAUAGGUAACAUAGGAUUCUCAUUUGAUGGUCUCUACCUCACAGUCAGUUUGGAUGGGUCUGGAGUUACCCUCACUUACGAUGGAUUUAUGGGACUGCAGAUAUCCAUUGACGAAACAGUUCAAAGUGGUCAGACGUGUGGACUGUGUGGUAAUAACGACGGUGAUGCAGAAAACGAGGGAACCCAGCUUCGUGAUAUUGGAAAUGACGUGGAAGGGUCUCUACUGGGAGGAAUAGAAGAGAUGGUGUUCAGAUGGAAGGUAGAUAGAGGGGAGUACUGUGAUCACCCUGUUAACAAGGAGUACUCCAGACUUCUCCCUUGUGGAAACAACUACAGACUGAACGACGAAGCAAGGGCCUCAUGUCAGGAACUAGUAGAUAACCAGGAACUUUUCAAAUGCCACGAAACCCUCAACCUGAACACUUUCUACGAGGCCUGCCUAGCUGAUUACUGCAACAUUGAGCUUCUGACAAACGAAUACCCUGUCGCGUGUGCUACUGCCAGUGCUUACAGCAAACAAUGCCAGAUUUUAGGAGCCAACAUUCGGGAUGAAAUAUGGCGUAGUGAGAUGAGCUCAAACUGUCCUGCGAUUGGUGUCACUCAGCAAGCUAUCAUGGCGAUCGGAGUGGAGCAACCCGGUGAUGGCCCUGUCUCUGCUUGAAGAGGACUAAUUAGAUAAUUAAUUGGAUAAUUAGUUAGAUGAUUAAUUAGAUAAUUAGACUUCCUGAUUCUGGGAUCCUCUUCUUGGAUCAAUAGUGGUGGAGACAUUUAUAUGAUGCAGGAUUAGUGAUGAGCUUAUGAAGCGAGGAAUAAUUCGUAAUAUUAUAGGAGACUUUUUUAUUAUUUACUUUGGAUUCGUGCCACUUUCUCGAUAUUAUUUUGAAUGGUUGAGCGUAUCAAAUACUCAAAUAGCCAUUUUGGUAUCUUUAUGAUUUACAAACUUAUUCACCUUUACAUUAAUUUAUGAUACAAUGGGUUUAAUAUGAGUUGACAAAUCUGUAAUAACGUAUUGCACUAAUAGAACUCUAAUAAAUAACUAUUAUAUUA